AUGCGGGCACUGAAGAAGUGCCUGGCUUUCCACUGCCCUCCGGACUCCCAAACGGGGGUCGCUGCUGCCCCGGCCCAUCACGGUCCUUCCUGGGUCUCCAGCCCAGGAGAUGGGGGACGUGGCCGACGCCUCUUCCCCUCGAGGCUCCGCGAGGCGGCCAAGGACUCUGCGGGCUCCCUCGGCGGCUGCCCCAUUUCCACUUCGGGGCCUCCCGAGGGCCCCGCGCUUACUUCCCGCCUGCUGCUGCGGCCGCCCGGGGCAGCCGCCGACCGACCGAGCCUGCCGGAGGCGCCGUCGCAGCCUCGGAGUCCUCGCCCAGGCUCCCGCGCCUCCUCCUUCCCGCCGGGCCCUCCCGGACACGGCGCCGGAGGGAGACGCAUAGCGGCCAGCGGCGCCGGGCGGCUCUUCUGCAGCUGCGUCCCGUGGCGCUCAUGGGACGCUCGGGGCCUCCUCGACCGCUUCUCCCACUCUCGCCGCGCCCUCCCGCUUAGGGCCGCCCAAGCUGACGAGCACCUGCGGAUGGGAGAGCAGCACGUGGCCGCCCUGGAGGCCCGGAUCUCCGAGAUGUCGGAGCUGCUGGGUGCCUACGAGAAGGCCAGGCAGAAGGACCAGGCUGCCCUCCAGAAGCUGAAGGACCGCCUCCUCCAGCUGGACCUCGAGAACAAGACCCUGGCCGUAGCCGCCUCUGGCCACGCCACGGUGGGCCUUGCCCUGGAGGACGGCCGCCUGGACGCCAAUGUGCUGAGAGACCAGGUGGAGAAGCUGACAGAGCUGGCACUAGUGGCUGCCGAGCACGCGCCACCUCUCGUGGGGGACGGCGAGGCUGUCUGCCCGGCUGAGCCCGCUAAGGACGCGGAGUCUGGGGACGGCGAGAAGGCCACCCUGGCCUGUUAUCAACAGGAGCUCAAGCAGCUGAAGGAGGAGUUUGAGAGGUACAAGGCGAGGGCGCAGGUGGUCUUGAAAAACAAAUCGGCCAAAGAUGGGAACCUGGCCAGAGAACUGGAGGAGAGCCAGGAGCAGCUGCUGGAGCUGAAGGAGAAAUACGUUUCCCUUCGGCUGUCCUGCGAGGAGGAGGCCAAGCAGCACCAGGAGCAGCUGGAGGCCAAGAGGCGAGAGGCAGCUCUCCUCCAGCAGCUUCACCGCCAGGAGUUGGAGCGGUGCCUGUCGGAGGGCCGGGAGAAGGCCCUGCGGCUGGAGGAGGAGAUGCACAAGCAGCGGGACCGGGCCCUGGCUGUCCUGAUGGAAAAGGACCAGGAGCUGCAGCAACUGAGGGCCUUGUCUGUGCCCUUCGGGGUGCAGGCUCCCAAAACGGCCACGGGGCCGGGCAGUGGUGGCAGCGGCAGCGCCCACAGCGACAGUGGGGUGGGUGACGAUGCCCUGGAGCACCUGGCCCUGCCCCUCCCUGCCCCCAGCGAGCCCACCUUCCUGCUGUACACAGAGCAGCUGGCUCGGAAGGAGGUGGAGAUCUUGGCCCUGAAGAAGCAGAAGCACCAGCUGGAGGUGGAGGCUCGCCAGUUGCAGGAGAAGCUGCUGGAAGAAGGAGAGAAGCACCGAGAGGAGUUGUCUCUGCUCCAGGGCCACCUUCAAAAGACCUCCAGGGACCGGAGCAGAGAGGGAGCCAACCUGGAAUACCUCAAGAACGUUUUCUACAGGUUCCUGACUUUGACAGAUUUGCUGGCACGCCAGCAAACCCUGACGGCCAUAUUGACUAUUUUGCAUUUUAGCCCAGAAGAGAGACAGGCUGUUCUGAGCCAUGUGGGCGCAAGCAGCGGCUGGUGGCUUUCAGGGCAGAGAUGAACCGCACACACCCCCUGCUUGCUGGGGGUGGGGAGUUCCUACUGAGGCUGGCUUCCCUAUUCCGGCCUCAAAGCAAGCCGUAGCCAUUCUCAGCCCUUGACUGGGGAGGCCACAGGACCAGCCAAGACGCCAGCCUGAGUGACUCCAUGCCUCCCUGGGGCUGCAGGGAUUCCAUUUGGGGUCUUUGUUCUUUUUAAAGGGCUCCAUUCGGGAGUCCAGCCAGUGUUUGUCCCAAUACUUGUGCCAAAUGUGGACCGGCAGCCGGCGGUUGAGGCCAGCCAAUAAAGCAUCAGCCAC